ACAAAAUAGUUCUUACAGCCCACACAACGACAGCCGCAUAGUCAGCUUGUCAUAUCUACUCAGACUGCUGUAAAAAUUUGGCAUAAAAUCCCAGCACAACUUCACGAAACCCCAUCUCUUGAGAGCUGAAGCAUCACAAGCUGUCGUUGCAAUAACAGGGCUUCAACAGCCCCUUCUGAGGAGGGCAGAAGGGGAGAGACAAGAUGUCUACUACUUUAGGUGCAUUCGUAGCAGGUGGUAUUGCAGCUUGCGGAGCAGUGACGGCUACACAUCCCUUCGAGACUGUCAAGAUCCGCAUGCAACUGCAGGGCGAGCUCCAAGAAAAAGGCCUCCAACCCAGAGCGUACAAAGGCCCCUUCCACGGCGUCUCAGUAAUCGUUCGGCAUGAAGGACUGAAGGGCAUCUACCGCGGAAUCGGCGCAGCGUACAUCUACCAAAUGCUCCUCAAUGGCUGUCGCCUAGCCUUCUACGAACCGAUACGACACUCCCUCACAAGCGUCAUCUACACAGACCCGACUACACAAAGUCUAGGAAUCAACAUAUUCGCGGGCGCAUCGUCGGGCAUUUUGGGCGCUGCGGCAGGAAGUCCGUUUUUCUUGGUGAAGACUAGGUUACAGAGCUUCUCGCCGUUUGCACCGGUGGGCACGCAGCAUGCAUACAAGAAUGCAGCGGAUGGGAUGAGACAGAUUUUCAAGGCCGAGGGAGUGCCAGGGCUAUAUCGAGGAGUAGGGGCCGCGAUGGUUCGGACCGGGUUUGGGAGUUCCGUACAACUGCCGACAUACUUCUUUGCUAAGAGGAGACUUGUGAAGCAUUUGGGGAUGGACGAAGGACCAGCGUUACAUCUUGCGAGUAGUACAGCUAGUGGGUUUGUGGUGUGCUGUGUUAUGCAUCCACCUGAUACAAUCAUGUCUCGAAUGUAUAACCAAGAUGGCAACCUUUAUAAAGGUAUAUUUGACUGUCUAGCGAAGACAGUAAAGACAGAGGGUGUCUUGGCUAUAUACAAGGGCUUCCUUCCCCAUCUGGCAAGGAUCUUGCCCCAUACCAUCUUGACGCUCAGCUUGGCGGAGCAAACGAACAAACUGAUGCGCAAGUUUGAGGCUAAGGUCCUCCCUUCUUCGAUCAAAAACAAUGUCUAGAUCAGACAACUUGUUCUAAUUUAAAAUAGGAUGAAGUGGUUCGUCAUCCUGUUGUAAAUAUUGAACCUCUUUUGAC